AUGGCUCUCUCACAGAAAAUUGCAGCCGCAAGCAUCAAUCGCACGUCAAUAACUGCACCCUAUACUGUGGCUGCAAUUAGAAGGCUCUUUGAGUUCUCAAAUGGUGUUCCAGCGGACCAACACCAGAUUACUCCUUCACCGAGUUGGGCCACUGGUACAAAUAGACGCACUGAUGGUUCUUUACUUUCAAAAACCGUCAUAAAUGUUUCACCCUUGAUCCAAAAACGUUUUUCAUCUUCCGGUUCAGGCGUAGUGGACACUUCCAGAUCAACUAUAGUUCCUGAUUUCUCCAAAUACAAAAAAUACCGUAGCGGUGACUACUCCAAUCGGACUUUCACCUAUCUAAUGGUCGGUGCGACUGGUGCACUAACCGCUGCCGGUGCCAAAGCAACAGUCACCGAUUUCCUAGUAAACAUGUCUGCAGCGUCGGAUGUAUUAGCAAUGGCGAAGGUCGAGGUUGAUUUGAGCAAGAUUCCCGAAGGAAAGAACGUCACAAUCAAGUGGCGUGGCAAGCCGAUAUUUAUAAGGCAUAGGACGCCGGAUGAGAUUGCGGAAGCGAGUAGUGUCGAUUUGGCUCAUUUGAAGGAUCCACAGACUGAUGCUGAUAGAACAAAGAAACCCGAGUGGCUUGUUAUGCUGGUGAGAACCCAGUCAGAUUUUCAACGUGAUUAUUAUGUUGCUUCUAUAUAUUCACUUUAUAUUUCAUUUACUUUACAGGGAGUCUGUACUCAUCUGGGAUGUGUACCAAUCGGAGAGUCUGGUGAUUUUGGCGGUUGGUAUUGCCCAUGCCACGGAUCCCAUUACGAUAUAUCUGGACGUGUCAGGAAAGGUCCUGCACCUUUAAACCUAGAGGUUCCUCCUCACGAUUUCCCUGAAGAUGAACUACUUCAUCGCUGUUUUGCACGCGUCAUUAAAUUUAUGGACGGACUACUUUGCAGUUUAACACUAAGACCAAGAAUUGAAGCAGCUAGAAAAUUGAAUAUAUUUACACCCGAUGAUAUUAUAGCCAGUUUAAAGACUUUCACCGAUAUAAUUCACUUGUCACAAAACGGACUGACCAAAAAACUCCGAAUAUCUUCACAAGACGCUUUGGAGCUGGUACAAUGUAUAUACGAAAAAGUAUAUGAAACACGAAUAAAACCAACCACUGCAUUAAAUCUAAUAUUCCAUCAUGAACAACGAUUUCUUACUACGACUGAUGAAAUUCUUGAUCAAGUACUCGGUGGUGGAAUAUUAUCACGCGGGAUAACAGAGAUUGUAGCAAAAAAACAAAAAUGUAGUGCAGUCGGUAAAACACAGUUAUGCUUGCAAUUGUGCUUGGCUGUUCAAUUACCAAAGGAAUUAGGUGGUUUAGGAGGAGGUGCAGUAUACCUACAUAGUGAUGGCGUUUUUCCUGCACGGCGUUUCUACCAAUUAAUCGAUAGAUUUAGUCGAGAAUAUGAGUUGCAGAGUGGCCAUGAUCUUGGUGAGAACGUUUAUUGCGCAACGCUGCUGGAUCUUAAAACCCAAGAAAAUUUCUGGGAACUUGAAUAUCAGCAGAGAAAAUUUGCUGUGACUACUAGUGAUAUUACUAAUAGUAAUGUUAAUUUUAUUGUUCACAAGAAUUAUGAUGGAACAAAAAUCCCUACACUUGGACUGGUAUGGUCAAAUACAAUUAAUGUCAGGAUAAUAUUGACGAGACCAGAAAGAAGAACAAGAAGCAAUAGUCGAGCUAUUUUGCGUCGCAAGAUUUCAAUUCUAUUCUCACCAUAUGCGCCACAAAAUUCCGGUGAAUAUUAUAUCGACGAGAAUGGCAUACAUGGAGUAAGAUCUAAUGAUCAAAUGAAUUUGAUAUAG